AUGUGGAAGAAGAGUGUUGCUGUUCUCAGCGCUGUUGCCGGUCUGGCAAUGGCUGCUCCCGUUCCUCAAGAUGCCGCCGCCGCCCCUGCCACUACAAAGUACAUCAUCACCCUCAAGCCCGGCAUCGAUCCUGAGGUCGGUAUUCAGCACAUUAACUGGGCUGGUGAUCUUCACCGUCGUGGUAUCUACUGCCGUGAGGAGAAUGGCACCGUUGAGGAGGACUUGAAGGUCUUCAAGGUUGCAGACUUCAACGCCUAUGCUGGUUCCUUCAACGAGGAGACUAUCGCUGAGCUCAAGGCCAGCAACGAGGUGAGUGGUCCUGAUCUUCAGUCCAUGGGCUCCGGUUAUCUGACUUUGAUGCAANNGGUCGCCGUUGUGGAAGAGGACCUUCCUAUAUAUAUGACUGCCAUUACAUCUCAGACUGGCAGCACUUGGGGCUUGGGUCGCAUCUCGCAGCGCAACUACGCUGCCAACACCUACUACUAUGACACAUCUGCCGGUGCUGGCACUUACGGCUAUGUUAUCGACUCUGGCAUCAACAUCAACCACAGAGAGUUUGGUGGUCGUGCCACUCUUGGCCAGAACUUCGUCGGUGGCUCUCACAUUGAUGAUGCUGGUCAUGGCACUCAUGUUGCUGGUACCAUCGGUGGUGCUACUUACGGUGUUGCCAAGAAGGCCAACCUUGUCUCUGUCAAGGUCUUUGGUGCUUCCGGAGUAAGUCACGUUCACAUCCAGUUUCACAGACAUAUAUUGAUGAUUCCCACANNGUCUAGUGCUACUUCCACCAUCAUGCAGGGUUUCGAGUGGGCUGCCAAUGACAUUAUCAAUAAGGGUCGUGCUGGCAAGUCUGUCAUCAACAUGUCUCUCGGCUCCGAGGACUCCGUCUCCACCGCCUUCAACUCCCUCGUCAACGCCGCCACUCAGCAAGGCGUUCUCUCGGUCGUCGCCGCCGGCAACGGAGUCAGCAANCCCCGCACCGGCGCCUUUGUCGAAGCCAUCGAUGCAUCCCGCACUUCNCCCGCCUCUGCCGCAUCCGCCCUCACCGUCGGCGCAAUCGGCAGCGACAAUUCCCGUGCGUACUUCUCCAACUUUGGCAGCACUGUUGAUGUCUUUGCCCCCGGUCUCAAUGUGCUUUCUGCUUGGAUUGGCUCCACCUCUGCUACCAACACUAUCUCUGGUACUUCGAUGGCCUGCCCUCAUGUUGUUGGUCUUGCUCUUUACCUCAAGGGUCUGGAGUCUGGAUUGAGUUCUCCUGCUGCUACUACGGACAGAAUUGUUGCUUUGGCUACUACUGGUCAGGGUACUGAUCUUCGUAGCGGUAGCCCUAACCGUAUUGUUUACAACAAUAGCGGGCGUUAA